GGGCGUUUCUCCUAGAGACAGAUUCUGUAAGACAGACAAACAUAACAUUGCACUUUAUAAUGCUUGUACUAGUGCAGUAUAAUAUAUGUGGGGGAAAGAUCACAGAAUUACUUUACUGCAGAACAUAGAAUUCCAUCAAGAAUCUAUAUGAUGAUUGUGGUGGCAUAUUAUCGACAAUGGAAAACAGUUUUAUGUAUCAUUUGGAUGAAGCAGACAGUGGAUGCCCAAGUUGUUCUUCAAGUCCAAGAUAUUUUGAGGAUGAAUUAAAAAAUGAGUUUGCUUGGUCAGAGAACAGGAGGUUUGCUCUUCACCAGAGCCUAAGGAACGCUCGCCAUGCCUUACAGCAUCAGAAUGACUGCUUACAACAGCAACAAAAUGACAAAGCCAACAGCGAUGUGACACUUGAACAAUUGUUACGGAGACAAGAGAUUUUGGAAUCAAGAUUUUCUUAUUUGAGAAACAACAAUUUCAGCCCAGGGUUUGUCAGUCGAAAUAUAACGGGAACUAAAGAAAACCAGUGUAUUCAUUUCUUACCAGCUAUCACUGAUUCCAGCAGAAUUACUGAUUUAGAAAGGGAGAUAAAUGACAUCAACAUGAAGAUGAGAAGAUAUUCUUUAUUAAAGGAAAAUAAUGUACAUAGAUGGAACUUAUAUGAAGAAAGAAAAAAACAAGAAGCAGAGAAUGCGCAGAUGCAGGAAGAGCUGAGACAACAUGCAGAACUUGUGGAAGCUAAAUGCAACAAUGCACAACGUGAGAAAGAUGCCCUAGAACUAGAGAUCACGUCACUUCAUUCUGGACUUCACCGAGAAAAAGUCACCUCCAAGGAACUGGAGAAGAAAUGUGUGAAACUUCAGUCGCAAAUACUGGCAAACAGAAAUAUUAAUGAGAGUCUUCAUCUUGAAGUGUCAGCUCUGAAGAAGCACAGCCACACACUGGAAAAUGCUGUCACAACAUCGACAAGCGAAAAGAAAUCACUCCAUUCACAAAUAAAAAAUCUACAACAAGAAAAUCAGAGUUUGUGUUCUCAAAAAGAACUUCUGUAUAGCAUAAUGAAGAAAAAGGGUAAAAGGAAACAUCACCGUGAGGAGCAAAGCAAAGGAGCUACUAGAGACAUCCAGAUUGAGCAACCUGAAGAUAACAGUUGUGUGAGCCCUAUACAUGGCAGUUUACUCUCUGGGUCAUCAUGUGAUUCUAGCUUCAGAAAUUCUAGGAGGCCACAAAAGCUAAGAAGAAAAAAGGAAGUGAAACGUGAGUCAAAGGAUGAUGACCGUAAAGAUAUAGAUGGACUUCAAUUGGAUUGUGAGAGUAAAAGAUCUGAAAUGAAUGCAGAGAUUAUUCUUUCCUGCUAUCAACAUCUGGCAGAUUUACUGAGGAAACUGGAAUGUCAUCUCAAGAGCAAUGUUAAAUUAGAUAAGGAAAAGGAACAGAUUUUUACAUUUCUUUUGGGAACUGUAAAGGAACUCCAGGAUGGUAAGCUUUCAAGUAAUAAAAGCAGAGAUCAAGUGGAGGAACUUCUAAAUGAACGUAAGGAUUUGCGAGAAAAUUACCACAUGAGACUUAAUCAGAUUACAGCUGUUAUAAUUGAACUGAAACAUCUGAGACAAGCAUAUAAUGGGAUUGUAAAGAAUUCUUUGGAUCCUGAUGACAGGGAUGCAAUAGCGUGGAUAAGCAGAGUACAAGCAAUUAAGGACUCUUUAAAACUCCUUAAACUUCACGAUCAAGCACCUAUGAAUUCCCAGAAAGGAGGAAAUUUUCUAGAAGAAUCACGCUGAAACGUAUCAAAACCUACCAAAGGUUUAUUCACAUUUUACACUUUUUACUAACAAUGAUUAUUUUGAUGUGACACGUUUUACCUUCUAUUUUAAACAAAUUUGUUGAUGUUAAAAAUGCAUAUAAAAUCCAGUGUAACAUUAUGCUAUUGAAUUACAUCAUGAAGUACACUACCAUCAUUAUCACAUAGUAGAUAUAAAAUCAAACACAUAAAGCUCUAGUAAAAAAAAAAAAAUUAUUUGUCACAUUUUUUAUUUAGUAGGUUUAAUGGUAAAUGCACAAUAUGCACUAAUAAAUAGCAGCAGGUAAAACUAGUUUUACCUGUUACUUGUUUUACUUGUUAUGGUCACAGUAUUUCAUUGUUAUUUGCACAACUUUACUAAAUUAAAGCGGACUAUGCCAAUGUACUGCAACUAAUUCCAGACCUGGGUUUACAAAUAACAAGAAUAUUGAACUUCUAUUGCACCAUAUCUAUCCAAAUAAUAUAUAUUAAAUAGUCUAACUACCGUAUUUGCUGGCGUAUAAGACGACCCCCUGAUUUUAC